AUGGAUUCCCAGAGCCAGGCCCAGCAGCAGCAGGAGCAGCAGCCCACCCUUUGCGCCGCGGGCUGCGGGAGCUCCGAGACCCACGGCUUCUGCAGCGUCUGCUACAAGGCCAACCAGUCCUCGGCUCUGGCAGCCUCCUCGGCGCCCAGCCCCUCGCACCCCGCAGCCCCAGCAGCAGCCCCCGCAGCCGCAGCAGCCCCCGUGCCCGAGCCCAAGCUCGCUGAGGCGGCGCCCGCGCAGCAGGCGGCAGAGGAGGCCGCGCCGGCGGCGGACGCCCUUGCCGCCGCCGAGGCCGCGCCGGCGGACGAGCCUGCAGACGACAGGCCGGUGCAGGAGAACCGCGGCCGCUGCUUCUGCUGCCGGAAGAAGGUCGGCCUGCUGGGCUUCGAGUGCCGCUGCGGGUAUGUGUUUUGCAGCGGGCACCGGCACGCGCGCGACCACGCCUGCCCCUUCGACUACGCCACCUUUGACAAGGCCAACCUGGCCAAGGCCAACAACAAGGUGGUGGCCGCCAAGGUGGACAAGCUCUGA